AUGGAAAGUUUUUUAAAUAAAUGUUUACAUAUUGAUAGAUUAAGUUGUAAUGUGGAUGAUGAGGAAACAAUUUUUCAAAUAUGUAAUUCGGUGGGGUGUUUAAAAAAGGGGAAUAAAGAUGAAGGGGGUUGUGUAAAAUGGGGUGAAUCAGGUGUAAUAGAAAAAAGCUUUUUGUGUGAUUUUGAUAAAUAUGUAAAAAGUAGUUGUAUGAAACUAAUAGAAGAUGAUUAUGAAAGUCAGAAAAAAAAUGAAUAUAUAAAUUUGAAUGAAUAUUGUGAAAAUUCUUUUAAUAAAUUAUUUAAUAUAGAAUAUGUAGACCUACCUUUAAUAUUUUAUAAAACAAUAUAUGCUAAUUUUUUUAGUUCAUUUAAUAUGUUGGAAAAUAAACAAACAGAAAAAUUAAUAGAAGAUUAUAUAUAUAUGAUGAACAUAUUUUAUAAAAUAACAAAAAAACAAAAGUAUAUUUUAUUACACAAAGCUAAUAGUGCUCCUAACGAAAAAAAGCAUAUUAAUGGUAAUUAUAAAAAUGGUGAUGCAUUAUUGUAUAGUGAUCAUAUUAUAGCAAUAGCUGAUGGUGUGUCGUCUAUAAAAAAUAGCGGAAUUAAUGUUAGUAAUUUUUCUAAUGAACUUUUAAAAAAAUGUCUAAAUUUAUAUUUUUAUCAAAACAUAUACAAUGGACUAUUUGAAGAGCAAAAUAAAGAGAUAUUUAAAAAAUAUAAUAUGACAUAUAAUCCUGAUCAAAUAUUAAAACCUAUUAUAUGUCGAAGUGCUUGUUCUUCUAAUUAUUUUGGGGCAUCAACACUUUUGUUUUCAUCUUUAAACAAAGAUAAGUUACAUAUUUGUAGUAUUGGAGAUUGUCAAAUGUUAAUUGUUAGGCUAAAAAGGGAUUUUGUAAAUAAUACGGUUUUUGAAAAAAUAAAAAUAAGACAUACUGAAGCGAAGGAUUUGGAAAAUGAUGAAAAUGAAAGUGAUACAAAGGAAAACAUAUUAAUGAGCAAUACAAGUUUUGAUAAAUGUGAAAUAAAUACAGUUGAUGAAAAUGGUUUACAUUCUGAUAAUACAUUCGAACAUGACUCUCAAAAAAACAGCUUUCCAAUAAACAAAAAGUUAUCUCAAAUAUCUUCCAAAUAUGAAUGUGAAAAUAGCAGUGAAAAAAUAUGUACAAAUUCUUUAGAGAAUAUAAAAUCGAGUUUAAUGGAUAUAUAUUCGAACAACAAAAGAUUGAUACAAAAGGAUCUGUUUAAUGGGGUACAUGAUAAAAAAAGUUUUGAAAAAAAAAAAGAAAACGAAGAUAUUAUUUUAUAUAUUGAAGAAGAAAUUGAUGAAUGUGUUCUCCAAUAUUUUGAUGAAAUUUUAUCUGAUAAUAAUUAUAAAAUAGGUGAUUUAUCAUUUACAAUAAAAGACAAAGAAUUAGAUGUUUAUUCAAAUAUAAGAUCAAACACAUUAAUUUCUCAAUAUGUUUCAACUAAAACAGAAAGUGAAAUAUCUGAUGAUGACGAUGAUAAAACAAUUUUGGCUAAAAAUACAUUGGAUGAUACUGGGUAUAAAAAUUUAAUGAGAAUUUUUACUUUAGAUCGAACUGAUAUAUUAAAUAAUAAUCAGGAGGAUGAAGAAGUGGAAAAAUUGCAAUAUGAAGAUAUGGCAAAAAAAGAACAAAUAAAACAAACAGAAGAUAAUAUACAAAGAAAUGGAAUAAAUGAUAAUAAUGUGAUGUCUAAAAAUACGAAAAAUUUUAACUUUAAUAAUUACCGAUUUAGAUAUAAUAAAGAAGAUAUCUGCGAAUUUGAUAUAAUUUACAAAUCUAAAAUACAGCAACACUAUUUUAAUUGUCCGUAUCAGAUUACUUAUAUGCCAUCAAAUAUAAAAAAGGGUUUAAAUAGUAAAAAAGAUAGUAUGGCAUUAAAAGUAGAUUUAAAAAUGAAUAAAUAUAGUGAUAUUAUUGCAAAAUGUUUAAGAUAUUCUGAUUAUUCUAUUGUUGAUAUAAAAACCAAUGACAUAAUUAUAAGUGGAAGUGAUGGAUUAUUUGAUAAUUUAUAUGAUGAUGAUAUAAUAAAAGUUCUUUAUAAUAAUUUUUAUAUAAUAAAUUUUAAUAAAUUUAUAAAAUUAAAACAUUUCACACAAUUUUAUGAAGAAUAUAAAAAAACAAUCAAUAAUAUUAAUAAACUAAUAUUAAAUAAUAUAAAAAAUAGUAAUAAGACAAUUAAAAUGUCAUCAGAAGAAAUAUACAAUUCUAUUUAUAAAUAUGGAAUAUCUGAUGAGCAUAGUGGUAGUAGCAAAAUAGAAUUUAAAGAGGAAAAAUACAGUAAAGAAAUGGAUGGAAAAUAUAAUUGUAACUUAAAUAAUAGUCAUAUAUCAGACAAUGAUAAGAGAUCUGAUAUAAUACAAUCUAAUCAAAAUAAAGGAAACGAAUAUGAUAUUAUAAAUAGCAAUUUUAAUGAUAAAGAAUAUGAACAUUCUUUAAAAUAUUGUAAAAGUGAAUCGAGUAAUACUAUUAAUAACAACAAUAAUAUGAAGAAUAUAAUAAAAUAUGGUAAGGAUAAAUUUGCGAUUCCUUCCAAAAUUAAGAAUAUGUUUUUUAAUAAAGGAAAGAAUGAUAAUAUACAACACACAUAUAAUAAUGUUCAUAAAAAAAAAAUGAAUAGUAAUGGCUCAGAGAUUUUGAAAAAUCAAAAAACAGAAGAAAUAAAUACCGGAAAUCAUUUAACAUCAUUUAAUAAUGGAAAGGAAGGAAAUGAUGAUAAACAGUUCAUUGAACAGAAUACUUUAAUUGAACCACCAAAUGAAUAUGUUAAUAAAAAUUAUGAUCGAACUAGCUAUACUAUGAAUGAUUUCAUACAUUUAAACAAAACAAACAAAAAGAGACUUGUUGCAGAGAAAAAAAUACCCAAUGAUGCAUGUUUAUAUGAUUCUUCUGAUUUAAUAUUAUUUGACAAAAAUAAUAAUAUAUACUUAAAUAUUAAAAAGGCUUGUGAUGAAAUUAUGGAACUCUCAAAUAUUUUAGCUAACCAACAACUAAAUAACAGGUUGCUAAAAAAAAGAAUAAAAAUAGACAAAGAAAAGAAAAAAAAUAUGAACAAUCAGAAAAUUAAAAAAUCUUCUGAACAAACAACCUUGUGUGAGCAAACUGAAAAAAACACAAAAGAAAGUAAUGAAAGUACUAAUACAUUUUCAAAUUGUUAUGAAAACCAAACGGAAAUAUUUGAUAAAGUCAAUUAUGAUGAUAUUCAAUCUAAUAAAUCCAAAGACAAAAUUAUAUUAACACCUAUAUCGGAAUAUAUAUAUGACAAAUACAAAAAAUAUUUUAACAUGGGAAAGCCCGAUGAUACUACUGUCAUAAUUUCUAUUAUAAAAAAAAAUAAGUAUAUCUGA